CCGCGAAGUUCAAAUCAAACAACACUCAACUCAUUCUAGAAUAGAAAUAACAGAUAUGGCUAUUCUACGAAUUUUGGGGAUUGUGUUAUGUUUUUCUGCUGUUGUCAACUGUCAGAUUUGUGCAUCGGAGGCGAAAACUGAAGAUCCAUUCCAAGGAAAAAUAGAAGAUGAAAGGGGCUAUCCAAAAGCUGAAAUAGAAAGUGCAUAUGAGAAGUUAGACCGGGACACAAAAACACAGAUCAGAAAUGAUGCUGCUGAAAUGGCAACGUUGAGUAAACUGGACUUCCUCCCUGUUUCGUUUUUGUCAUCUUCCCUCUGCCCCCACAAAUUUGUCACAGUCUAUCCAAGAGGAUGGCAUUUCCUAAGCAGUAGUUUAGGAAAGUGUUGGAUUCUCAAUAAUUGGUGGAAUACUCCUCUUUCGUACGCUGUUUGCGCGACAAAAUCAUGUCAAGACCUACCUUGUUCUGCUAAAAACUACCGUUGUACACCCUCGAACCACAAGGGUUACGUAGCUUGGACCUAUUGUCCAGGAAAAGGAUUCAGUCGCAGAUGGUUUACAUUGCCUCAGUGUUGUGAAUGUCAAAGAUUUAAAUGUUGAGAGAAAGAGAGAAAGAGAGAGAGACCCAGAACAUUUUUGAUCAAACAAAAUAUAAUCCUGUAUUAAAUACGAAUAUUGGACUGAAAAUUAAAUCUUGAUAUAAUUUGGAA